GCCGUCUCUUUUCUCCCCGUUCAUCUCAUCGUCGCUGGUCGGUACGUUUCCAUGCAUGCCUGGAACUUCUAAACGUUCAUUUUACGCUGUCGGCUGAGAUCGUGUAUGUGGUUGUUUUUGUUUUGACGUUCAAGUGAGUAUUGUGGCUGCUCUUGGUUAUGGUGGCGUUGGCGUUGAUACCAUGGAUCUGUUGGAGCUCGCUCGAGCGCUUAGUUGCUGGGAAACAGUUGCCGCGUUAAGUAAGAAUUGUGCGGUUGAUCGACGUUCGAAAAACACAAAAAAAACAAAAACAAAACAAAACGGAGUAUUCUAUAAUCGAAGUUGAAGUGUGACUUGGUAAAGAUCAUUUUGUUGUUCCCCCUCCAGGGCAGCAUUAAAAUUGCAAACUGAGAUACGAAACAAAAACAGAUUUGGGAAAAUUAAAAGUGAGAAAUAAACGCAACAGCAGUUGAUGGGGAAUUAACUUUGAAUUUGUCAUUAUUUCUAAUUGCCUUUUUGUGGCACGAAAGGAAAAUCUAGAGAAGCUCGACAAAAGAAUCAUCAACAAAUGGGUGCGUUUAGUAACUACAAUACGGAAAAUUCAUCAAAAUAACCAAGUCGUCAUUAAAGUCAUUAGCGAAGAACACGAGGGCAGUAGUUCAGUCUGCCACCUACCUACCUACCUACCUACCAAGCAACGAGCCAACCCUAAGCACUCCAUAACGGCUGCCAGUAAACGUGAUACAUUAACGUUAAAGUUGAAAGCAAAAGUUUUGUAAGCACGGAUGCGAUUCAGUUGACGCGUAAGCAAGCAACAAACAUGUCAUUCUUUCGUAAUCUACGCUCAUCCAUCACCCGCGGUCGCUCAAGCUCACGCGAUACCACUCCCGUCCGGUCAUCUCGCCCGGGCAGUGUCAUAAGUGGAAUAAGCAGCAACAAGCGGCGAGACUCCAUCGAGUCUGCCACUGAUUCGAUUUUCAAUCGCAGUGGCACGUUCAUCCUCGACGAUCCCAAUGACAAUGCCGGCAUGCACUCGAACACCUCAACGCUGGAAAAGAAGUCGAAAAAGUCCAAGGUCUUGGAAAAGUUCAGUACAUUCACGAAACGCAAAAAGACCCCUGCGUCUGACAGCAGUGUGGCCCUCGACCAUCAUCCCAGCGAUAAUGCCACCAACACAUACUACAAAUGGCAGUCGGAGGGAUCCAACAGUUUGGAUUACGAUUCACAGGCGGAUCCCUUCAACUUUCUCUAUGAGCAGAAUAGUCUGAAGUCACUCCAUAAUGGCACCUCCUCAGCAGCAACAGCGAACAACGAGGGAAUGAGAGUAGCCGCACCUCUAUCGAAUUCCUGCAAUAACACCUCCUUUGACUCCUCCACUUAUAGAAAGGGCAAAAUGCCCACAGAGCUGAAGAAACAGUUGGAACAUUUAAAGCACAGCCAGAAUUUUCCAGAGCACGAAGACAGUGCCGAUGGUGAGGAGGACUACUUCAAGAGGAGUGGUUACGAGAAUGACAACGAGUCCGAUAAAUAUAAAACGGUCACCUUGAAUAGUUUUCGCAAGUCCUUUCGUGAGAAGUUCCUACAGCAGCAGAAAGAAGCGCCACAUAAUCCCGCCUGGUUUGUGGAAGUCGAAACGCCUGCCGAAAGUUCCAAUGCACGAGAUCAAAGAGAACGUAGCGUGUCUAAAGAAAAUCGCAAUGAUUUCUUGGUGUUUGAAAACGACAACUACCGGCCCGGAUCCAGAUCUCCGGUACGUGAUUCGUAUUCACGCAGAACAGCACGUGCCAUCACCCGAUCGCCAGUUAAACGCAACGAUACGUUUAAAGUGGAACGUUCCAAUACCACCACAAACUAUUCGAAGAAGACUGAAGAGGCCACGCCUUCGAUACGCAUAGAAUUUCGCAAUUCCAUUACACCACACAUACCGGGUCGCAUGGUGCCGGUGGGUGUGGCCAAACCCAUGCCAUGCCAAAACGCAACAUCCUACUACGACCACCGACCUGCAGAUGCGGCUAUGAGCACAUCCUACACCAUCAAGACAUCGAGAACAAGGCUCAAUGGCCCAGACACACCGGAGAAGAACAUUAACAAGCCAGCCAGUCGUUCGCCUGCACGUCCCACAGCUACAAGUGCCAAUCAGUCGACGACAACUACAGGCCGUUACCAGACAUUGGUGCAGAUCAAGAAUGACACCAACACUAUCAAAUUGCAACAGCAACCUGUUCCAUUUGCAAGACCCAGUCGCCUGUCCACCCGCAUACAAUUGGGUGGUACUUCGCCUAUUCCCAAUGCUGUAACCUCUUCUCCCUCAUUCGCCAAACGUUAUGUCAGUUCUCAUGCCACCAAUGUGGCGCAUAGACCCCAGCCAUUGAAGCAGACAUAUUUUGGAGAUAGCAACCAACAACACUACUCCACCGCCACCAGCACCAGUAACAGUUCGCCACUGACCUCCAGCCGACUGGUGCAAUCGCCAUCGUAUGCAGUCACCAGCAGAACAUUUGGCCAGAAAGCUACUUCGACACCUGUUUAUCAUUCCAAAUAUCAGAACUCACAGCCGCAAACGCAAACGAGUGCAUCGAGAAUCAUUUCUACUCAGUCGCAAUCCCGAUCGACACCUUCAUAUUCUGCCAGCAGUGGCGGAGGUGGCAGCGGCAUACCCUCGUAUCACAAACACCAGCAGCAGUCGCGCUAUGUGGUGCCAGUGCAGAGGCGUUCCCGUUCACCAAUUAAGAUACCCUGGCGGUAGGCGUAUUGCAGACAGGCUGGCAUCGCAUCACACACAGCAUUCACCAGCAGCAACAGUGUGGAGCGCUUUGCUUGGCGUUUAGUGUAAAAUUCUAAUACUAUGAGCCGUGGGGGGAACGCAAAAGAGCCAAACUGCAGAGUGCUACUGAGCGAUUAUAUGACAGAAAAAUUUAUGAUUUAUGGUUCCCGCACCGUCAGCCGAAAUGGUUUAACUAUAUUGGCAUUCAAUGCGCAUUCGAUAUACACAGUGGCCUCCUCCUAUGCGUAUUCCCUAACAUGAAAUGUUUGCAAGGCGAUUAAAAUGCAUUUAUCUGUAUAAUUAUCUCUAUCAUAAAUAGUCGUAGCAAAUAAUCAUUCAAAUUGGAAAUGUUUGCCUUGGAAUCAAA